GUUCCUGAUGUAUUGGCUGCUACUGUACCCGAUAUUGCUACUGAAGAAGGUAGUGUCCGGCUGGUUGCAACGUUUGUUCAAAUAUCUGUCACAGUAUGAUACAUUUAGACGCAAAGUUAUCUAUCCUAAACUAGGUAUCCGCUACGAUCAGAGCAUCAAGCGCACAUUGGACAGACCAAUUCUACACGCAGAGAUAGACGGAGGCAAAUACCAUUUGCCGGUAUUCGCAAAUCAGACCCGGAUUGAUGAUCUCCGUAGAUCGAGACUGAGGGAGAAUGAUGUCCUUGUAAUCACCUACCCCAAAUCUGGUACACAUUUGUGCGGGUACAUAGUGAAGCUGUUAGCAGAAAGACGGACUACAAUCAUGCAGGACCCAAUGGUUCUGCCAUUCUACGAGCUUAUCCAACAGUCGAAGUUGGACUCCGUUCCAGCUACAACACAGCGAAUCCUAAAAACCCACCUCCCUCUCUCCCUCGUCCCACCAUGUGUCGACUCAACCAUCCAGAACAAGGUCAUUUUCUGUCUCCGGGAUCCUAAAGAUGCCUGCGUAUCUUACUACAAGUUCACUCUCAGUCUUGACGUUUUGACAGGGCCAGUUUACGAGACUUUUGAUGACUGGGUAGAGUUGUGGUUAUUAGGUUUCGUGGACUAUGGGGACUGGUUUGAUUUUGUGCUUCCUUACUGGGAACAGAGACACAGGGACAACUUCCUCUUCGUUACUUACGAGGACAUCUUACAAGAGCCGGAGACGGUAAUAGAGAACAUAGCAGGCUUCCUGGGGUACACUACCACUAAAGAGGAGGUGGAGGACAUUAAGGAGAAGAUCAAGUUCUCAAACAUGAAACAGAUGUUGGAGAAGACCUCGAAGAAACCAGUAACAAGUCUGAUGAGAGAGGGGAAAACUGGGUCCAGCAAAACAGCUUUCAAUGAACGACAACAUUUCCUAUUUAAUAGACUUUUCAAAGAAAGGAUGGCUGGGAAAGGAUUUGACAUCUACAAUUUCGAUUGAGCACUUCUCUCCUUGGAUUAAUAAACGAUACCAUGAACAUGAAUCAUAUUGCACUUCUAAAGCUAUUUAUUUUACAGAUCUUUCAAAAAUGUGCUAGAUGAUAAUCACUACUCUAGAGACCUCUGUUAGAGACCUCUAUUAGAGAACUCUAUUAGAGACCUCUAUUACAGACCUCUAUUAGAGACCUCUAUUAGAGACCUCUAUUAGAGAACUCUAUUAGAGAACUCUAUUAGAGACCUCUAUUAGAGACCUCUAUUAGAUACCUCUAUUAGAGACCUCUAUUAGAGACCUCUAUUAGAGACCUCUAUUAGAGAACUGUAUUAGAGACCUCUAUUAGAGACCUCUAUUAGAGACCUCUAUUAGAGAACUCUAUUAGAGAACUCUAUUGGAGACCUCUACAGUCUACAGCCAUUUAGCUGUCCAACUGCUCUGCCACAAACCUGGGCUGUGUCCAUGUUGUCACACACAAUAUUGUUGAGAGCACCACAAGCUGUAGAAACGGCCACGUCGUACUUGUCUCCUAUAGUCCCCAGGUCUCCCAGACGACCACACAGUCCUGGCAAUCUGCCAGCUGUUUUCUCUCGCAGCAACCCUUCUAGGAGUCUACUCCUGGGGUGACGAGUGUUUACAUUUUUAUAAAACAUCGUUUGUCGAUCGUUAUAUUUCAAAUCCAAUCAUUAGGUCGCCGGUCGUUACUAAUUAUAGGUUAUGUAUUUGUUUAUGUUAUUUCAGCCAAUAGUAGGAUAGCUUUAUAUUCAAUGUUAAAGUAAAUAUUUUAUGUGUGAAUAACAAUCC